ACAAGUGGCAAGGAGAAGCCUGUAAAUUCAACUGCAAUAUAAUGAGUCUAAACUGGAUGUCCAGAGCCAUCCUUCAAAAUCUGGCAAGACUGGAUUCCACUUGCGAGUGUUUGUUUAUUCCUCCUGCCCUCCACUCAGGAAAUAAGGUAAGGAGGAGCGUGCUUCUCCGUGGGGUAUUACGGUAGCUGAGCUCGCCUCUCAGCGGCUCGCUCCUCCGCAUUGUAUUUCCUAUCCCGGCCAGGUAGGGGAGGCUGGAGCCGGAGCCGCGCCGGGUGCGGGCCGGGGCUCUCCACGGGCAGCCCCUGCCGGGGAAGAAGAAGAAACGGGCUGUGUUCGUCGUUUGCUCCUGCAGUCCCGGGACGGGGCAGCCACAUCUGGCGACCUGGAACUUUUGCCAGGCAUUGGCGCUGCCGCCUCGGAGGACGCGGCCAACUCAUGCCGGGCUGAACGCCGGGCGCUUCCAGCAGUCCUGGAAGGAAGGGGAGUCCAAGGACGGCGACGGGGAGGAAGGAGAGGUCCGCGAUAUACCCGGCAGGGCGCCGCUCGAGGGAGAAGCCUCGCUUGUGAUGAGGAGCAAGGAGGGAGAGUCAGAGCCGACAGAUUCACCGAGGCCCUCGGAGGGGCUCCGGUUUUUAAGGCUGCUGCCUGCGGAACUCCCGCCCUCACGCCCAGAGCUUCUGGGUGGGACUCUCUGCCAGGCCGAGUCUUCAGCCUCAAAAGCCCAGCUUGAGGGUUGGGAAGAGGAGCUCCCGCUGCCCGGGCAGAUCCACUCUCUGGCUUUACCGCCCCCUUCCCCGGGAUGGAGGCGCCGGGGAGUGGUGCGGAGCUGCCUCUUCCCCCAGACCUGAAGGAUCUGGAGAUGAAAGUCGGGCAGAAGCCUCCGGACGGGCUGGUCCGGUGGCUGCGGGGGGACCCCGCUGCUCACCUGCUUCGGAGCAGCCCGAACCGGGGGCCGCGCCACGGGCUGGGAGAGAAGAUCAAGGCGCUGAAGCUGGAACUGGCCUACCUGAGAGCAAUAGAUAUCAAGAUCCUCCAUCAACUGGUAGCUGUGAAUGAUGGAAUAGAAGCAGUCAAGUGGUUUCUUGAGGAAAAAGGAAUGCUGACCAGCCGCUGUAGCAGCCUUACCAGCAGUCAGUACAGCUUGGUAGAAAGUCAAGAUACAUCCUGGCGAGGCAGCUGGAGCAGUCUUCAGGACCCCAAUGACAAGCUGGAUAGUAUAUCUAUUGGUAGUUAUUUGGAUACACUAGCUGACGAUAUGGAUGAAUAUGGACAAAGCUCUUCUGUGGAACCCAUAAUGUCACCCACCUUAGGCAGACCUCUGGGCAGAAGUGAAUUAGAAAGAUCGAAGGCAGAUCUAGACAGGCCCUUUCUUGCAAAGGUGGACAAAGAGCAGGACAAAAGCAAAACUUAUACUGAAUGGGCCUCUGGUUUAAUUAAAAGCCAAAGUUUUAACAAGCAAAGUGCACCUGUCCAGCUGUCACCACCAAUGGCUAAUGGGAUCUUGGGUAGACAAGUCCCAAUACUAGAGCAGAGCCUUGAGGAGAAAUUUACCUCUGUAGCUGCAGAGCAACUGAGCAAAGAGAGUCUAGCAAUAAAGGCCUCCAGCAACAGCAAAACUGAUUCAGAGAAUUGCAAGCUCAACAACAGGAAGCAGCUGGAAUAUGAUGGUCAUUGGCAGUGGGUUGAGUCUCAGGAAGAUGUGACAUUCUUGUAGCAUCCAUGACUGGCUCCCUGGAUUAACAGUAAGGGGCUCCAGGCUUCAUGCACUAGUCUUUUUGCACCUGGGGCUGCAAGCUGUACCCUCUCUGUCUAAAUGGCUCUUUUUCUUUGACCAGGACUGUAGAGAUGCAUUUGCUGGUGGACAGAACAUAGGUAUAUUAGCCAGAUGGCAUUCUCCUUCUAAGAUCUGAAUCCUUUUCCAAGAAUGAGGGCACAUAAAAAUACUCCUUUAUUUGAAGCCUUUGGCCCACCAAAUGAUGCACUUUUGUGCCACAGUUCUAGUUUCUAUGUCAGUGGAGGCUCAUAAGCUGGACUUUCAGGUUUUGGCAAAGCUGUUCACUUGAGUAGCACUCAGUCCCAUUACAUGUAACCAGUAUUCCCCUAGGGAUAACUGAUUUUUUAUGAAUGAAACCAGAGACAAAUCUUUGAUAUUGCAACCCUUUUAAUCAAUUUCAUUAUUAUUCAUGUCAUAGGAAAUACUGCUUCUCCAUUUGCUUGAUAUUUCAGUUACGUCCUGGGUUUAAGAAAGAAAUGUAGAAUUCUACAAAGAAGCCCUCAAGUUCAUUCACUACACUCACCAGAAUAAAUAUCUCCUUCAUUCUGCUGACCAUGAGAACCAACCUUCCACCUGAGCCUGAAGCUGAGCAAAGUAGGGAGGGAGUCUGUUGGCCUAAUGAGUCUUGAAAACACUUGGUGAAGGGCUGAGGCUUAAGCCUGUUGUGCUGCACUUUCAAGGGACUGCAGGUGACACAAAAGUGCAGCAAAUAUAUGGGGAUAAUCUCUCUCACAUCUUAUGUCAGGCUUGGAAAAUAACUGGGACUUUUCUGCUUUGUGGUAUACUUUGGAGGCAACCUAGGUGCCUUAAACAUGCUCAGAUAGGGCCUUGCCUCUUGAGCUGGAACUGGGGAUGGAAAAGAAGAAUCACCAGUGACCUUGCAUUAUGCUACAAAAGUGCCCUGGCUGGCUGUUUUCUAGUAACCAUAAUAUUGGCCAACCAACUUUCAUGGGACCCAGGCGAAAACAGCUAAAGGUGCAUUCAAAUUUUGAGUUUCAGUGUCAUAUUUUUAAAUGGCAGCUCAACACUGGCUUUAAAAAAAAUUUUUUAAAAAAUUUCAAUAUAUUGAGCUAUGAUAAACUUGCUUUGCCCAAUAAAUCUGUCCCCAGAUUGAAAUCAUACCUCUUUAAAAAGGUCAUAGAAGAGCUGGGUGACAUUUCCUCCUCUGAAGCCUGGGUUACUUUGUUGUGUUUCCAAGAAAAGUCAGACUUUCUGCCCUGAGAAAAAAGAUUCCAGAGGUAGUACGAAAACAUGGAAGGUUUACACAUAGAUUUCCCUUCCUUAAUGUCUGUGAAUUUAUUGUGAUUUCAUAAUAAAAUCCUCAUCUGGAAGCAAUUUUUGUAGGAUUUCAAAGUAAUUCUAAUUUUGAUGGAUUGAGGAGAUUGCACUGCUGCUGUGUGAUGAAUGGAUUAACAAGAUUAUGCAGGGUACAUUUUCUCUCUCUUUUCCUGUGUGUCCAUGUGUGGGGGAGAGGGAAUCAAGUUCUUUACUUCUGAUUAUUUAUUUAGCUUUAAGACUCAGUCCAAGAGAGCACUGAAAAAUUCUUAGUAAUAUAUUACGUUGCAAAUAAUUCUGUCAGUUUAUCACAGAUAGGAAAAAAGUAAAUGAGGAAAAGACAUACACAAAACCCUAAACUUAACAAUACAAAAAAUAUUUUGGCUCAAGAGCCAUUUCCUCCACUUUCUUUUUAACUUGGCUAUAAAAAAGGCACUGACAUUUUUUUAUGACAUGCUAAGUUACUAAUGGCCAUGCUAUACCCAGUGAUCACAAUUAAAGUGUUUAGGGGAGGGAGAAAAGGAAGCAUUGUUCACUAGAACUGAAAUGUGGAGCAACAUUCUAUGACUUUAAAUACUUCCCAUUCAACCCCACCCCAAGCUAUUACAGUAUUUAGGUUGUUUAAAAACUAUUCAACCUUUUUUUCAAGCUAGACACGUUCUUUGUGAAUGUGCAGUUGACAUUUUAUCUAAUCUGACUCUAUAAUCUGCCUUUUCUAUACAUUCCUUUUCUGAGCUGUUCUACUUGGCAAUGGCUUGAUGUCCAAAGGAUAUCAGCUAAGCAACCUUAUUGGAAAUUUGAGAGUGUGUCAUGAGCACUGCAAAAAUGGCUGCCAUGGGAGAUGGGGCCAGUUACAAAACAUCUGUUUAAAUCGAAAGCAAACUGAUGAGGUUGUACCCCUUCCCCAGAUGCUGUCCUACAGCUUCUGUCCUUUUUCAGGAUAGAUGGGUACACUUUCAAUCAUUUUUAUUUUCUAAGGAUGCCUGUGGCCACAGAGUCAUGCUUAUAAAUAAAAGUCAUACUGGAAGCUGGGUCUUCACUUUGGGCAGCUUUCUAUUGUUGUUGUUAUUAUUAUUAUUAUUCUGAACCAAUUAUUUCAUUAAACUGGAAUAGGCAUAUUAAAGAGGUGGACUUUAUGUGGUGGAUGGGAAUGUGGAACAUUUCUUGAAUAUAGAACAUUCAUAAUGUUUGCUUUCAAAGCAACCAGAUAGGCAGUCAUUUUGAUCUGAUCAAUGCACAUGUAGGAUACAUUUUGACAGAUCUAUUUUACAUGCCUGCUUUCUGCAAAAUUUGGACUAUGCAACCUCAAACAGAAUUACAGAACUGUUUGGGCUCCAAGUCUAUUGUGUGGAUUAUCACACCCAUCCGUAUCACUAAACGCAGCAGAAAUCUCUCCAGAACAGGAAAGAAAAAACCCUCAGUGAUUUAAGCAAAGCCAUACGCAUGAUGCGGGGAAAGACAAAUCAAAGGAAAGAAUCCACACUUGCAAGGUAAUAUAUUCAGAAGAAAGAAGUGGAGGCUUAGUUUAUGGCCAUGUUGUAUGGGAACAGAACAUCAGCUAUGCUGAACUGCCUCAAAUCAUAGCAUGUGGUUUUCUGGAAAUAGUGCAUAUAUUUUGUGUUUUGGAAGCAUAACAAUGCUGACCCUUUUCCUUUUUUUUAGAAAAAAUGUUCUCCACAUGACAAAAUUAAAUGCUGGAUAUUUCACUAUUUUAGCCCAGGAGAAUUCCUCCAUUUGCAUCAAGCAGGGAGAAAUGAAGUUUGUAAUUGAUGUAGCUCUUUCUUGGGCACCUAAAAGUCUACGUCUUUCCCUUUGUUAUUAUAGAAAUGGUCUCUUGAGAUUGAUCCUUUUAGAACCACAUAUUAACACAGGGAGAGAGAGAGAGAGAAACAAGAUCUUGGGGAUAAUGAAAAUAAUAGAGUCCCCUUUUUGGGAGAGAUGGGCGGUGAUAGAAAUUUGAAGAAUAAAUAAAAUAAAUAUCAGACAAAAAUUUCCAGUCUUAACAUCUGCUAUUUUAUACGUACAUGAUCACUGGUAGCUUAAAAGCAUUGGUGGGAUUAUAUAGAAUUUCUUUUUCCUUUGGGUGCAAAGUUCAUCAUGCCAUAAAAUGUAAAUUGAUGCUGUGCUGAAUUUUCAUGAGGUUCAAUUUUCAUUGCAAAUGUUCUUGCCUUGUGGGAUGCAAAAUAUUUAUUAAUAAAGGCUGAUCUUUAACUCUU